UCCCCUGUGAGGGAAAUUGCAUUGUUUUUUGUACUCUAUAUAAAGUUUUUUUCAAAACGUUCAAAAGCAAGUGAGGUAUACACUUGCCAAUGCACCAAACACACGUUGACCCCCUCCCAGCAUCCUCGGUCCAGGGAGCAGUGUUGAUUCUUACCGCGGUGUCACAUUACAGACUGCAAUUUGAGACAAAGCGGUUAAUGCUAAGCUCUUAUAUGAAGGAGUGAUAAAAUGUCCGUCUGACAUGCGCCACACCCGCGUAUCAGCCACGCUCACCCCUCCCCGAGACUCCUAAAAAAAAAAAAUGCGCUCAGCGAUCCGCGAGAGCUUUUCGAUCAGUGGUCAGGCUGCCAUAUCCGCUGACAGACGCAAUAUUACUCAUCCAGUUCCGCAGAUUGCAUUUCAGGUGUGAGGAAUCUCCAAACUCCCCCCUUUUUGAAGGGUUGGCGUCACUGGUGUGUGUCUAUCUACCAUCAGUGGACAGGUAGAGCCUUCCAUGAAAGCAGCCCGGCGAGAGACGGCCAAAAAAGAUGUCACACCAAACUGGGAUUAACGCAACUUCUGAGCUCAAAGACUUCCUGGUCCAAGCGAGGGGCGGCGCCAUCAGGAUUAUGAAAAUCGUCAUCCAAAACGAGGAGUUGGUGCUGGAGUCGUGCAGACAGCCGGCGCAGAGCUGGGAUAAGGACUACGACCACUUCCUGUUACCCCUGCUCACGCCACAGCAACCCUGCUACGUCCUCUACCGGCUGGACUCCCAGAAUGCACUGGGCUACGAGUGGAUAUUUAUUGCGUGGUCACCUGACCAGUCACCAGUCAGGCAGAAGAUGGUGUACGCCGCCACUCGCGCCACCUUGAAGAAAGAAUUCGGAGGAGGUCACAUCAAAGACGAGGUGUUCGCCACAGUCGAGGAUGACGUGUGCUUCCAGGGCUACCUGCGUCACAUGACCUCCUGCUGCUCUCCAGCGCCCCUCACAGCAGCUGAACAGGAACUACAACGAAUUCGCGUCACGGAGGAUAAAGUUGUGUGGGAUGAGCGUAGACGAAUUGGGACUCCACGUGCAAGAGUUCCAAUGGAGUUUGGCCUAGACAAAAGGGUCUCUCAGGGUCUGGCGUUUCCUUUACAAGAAGAGGCCAAACGUGCUCUGCAGCAACUCAAGCAGAAACGAAUCAACUACAUCCAACUGAGAUUGGAUGUGGAGAAAGAGACCAUCGAGCUGGUUCACACUAAACCGACGGAGACGCGGGAUCUUCCCUACAGGAUCCCCACAGAUUCACCUCGAUAUCACUUCUUCAUCUUUCAACAUUCUCACCAGGGCCGCACUCAGGAGGCGCUCGUGUUCAUCUAUUCCAUGCCCGGCUACACGUGCAGUAUAAAGGAGCGCAUGCUGUACUCCAGCUGUAAGAACCGACUCCUGGAGGAGGUGGAGAAAGAUUAUCAGCUGGAAGUCACCAAAAAGAUGGAGAUCGAUAGUGGCGACGGCCUGACGGAAGACUUCCUGUACGAGGAGGUCCACCCGAUGGAGCACACCUUGAAGCAAGCGUUCGCCAAGCCCCGUGGACCGGGCGGGAAGCGGGGCAACAAACGCCUCAUCAAAGGCGCAGGAGAGAACGGCGAGGAAAUUUAAACACGCUUGACAUCUGUCUGUUUGUUCCACUCUUUGUAGCAUCUUUGUUAUUAGCAUUUAUUAUUCUCUUAUCAUAAAGUCAGGCCGUUUGCUGAGGAUGUUCUCGACAAUAAAACA